AUGGACUUGAGCCAUGUCGAUGGCUCUGUGCCUUUGGACAGACCGCUCUCUCCCCGACCUUCAAGAUCCGUGACAAUAGACCCGAAUCAGCUGGCCACCACCCCCUACCACGCCGGGACGGCCUCGAUCGAUCAAGAAACGGAUUAUCCUUUCCCUGCGCCUCAAGGUAUUCAGAUAGAUCCUCUCCGCUCCGCCAGAGCUCGACAAACAAUGUCGCAAUCACGUCCGAAACGACUGUCGACCUCGAAUAAACCCGGCAUGCCUUUGAGCAUUCUGCCAUCCGCUCCUGCCUCUCCUCCCACUCCCGCCCCGUCCCCUACGCCGUAUCAGCGGGCUCCCAGUUGGACUUCUGCAGGUGAGAAUGAGGACGCCUUCCUCAGGGAUGCUCGGGGACAUUUUUCCAGCCUGAACGCGGCCGAAAGAGAGAGAUAUCUGGCCGAAUUACUCAACAUGUGUGACAGUCAACUUUUGAGCUUCGUUCAUCAUUUUGUGUCUCCCAGGCUGAAGAAGGACCCCUUCGAGCAUUUACCCGAUGAGCUGUGUUUAAGAGUUUUGUCCUACAUUGACGACCCGCUGAGUCUAGCUCGAGCCUCCCAGGUCUCGCACCGGUGGCAUAAACUAGUGAACGAUGAUAUGCUCUGGAAAAUUAUGUGCGACAAGCAUGCGUGGCGCAAAGCAUCGAACAGUUCGAAUGAUGAUGUCGAAUCUUUAUCCCUUGCACAAGCAGCCCAAGGACCAUACGGACACAAUAGUCGAUCUCCUCGGCGAAAUCCGGACGGGUCGGUUGUGGGCCCGUCGAGUAGUGCACCCAAUUUGACGCUGCCUAGGCAAGAUCAUCUGUCGUCAAGUCCGGCAGCGAGGAAACGACAGUCACAGUCUCACUAUUCGCAUUUCCGACACAAAUACAUGAUUGAAGCGGCGUGGAGGAAAGGCGGUGAGAGCGUCAUCAAACACAUCACCCCAGAUCAAGGCGUGGUGACGAGUCUACAUCUCACUGACAAGUACAUCGUGGUCGCAAUGGACAAUGCCAAAAUUCACGUUUUCAAUACCGCGGGUGAGCAUCAAAAGACUUUAAAAGGUCAUGUGAUGGGGGUCUGGGCUAUGGUUCCUUGGGAUGACAUUCUCGUCUCCGGUGGUUGCGAUCGUGACGUGAGAGUGUGGCAGAUGUCCACUGGCAAGAGCAUUUAUACGUUGAGAGGACACACAUCCACCGUAAGGUGUCUACGAAUGAGUGAUGCCAACACCGCCAUAUCCGGUUCCAGGGAUACUACUCUUCGCGUCUGGGACUUGACCACCGGCCUAUGCAAGCAUGUCCUGGUCGGUCAUCAAGCCAGCGUUCGAUGCCUGGCCAUUCACGGAGACCUCGUUGUUUCUGGCAGCUACGAUACUACCGCUCGUCUGUGGAGCAUAUCAGAAGGCCGAUGUCUCCGAACUUUAACCGGUCAUUUUAGUCAGAUUUACGCCAUUGCAUUCGACGGCAACCGCAUCGCUACUGGCAGCCUUGAUACGAGCGUAAGGAUAUGGGAUCCCAAAACUGGAAUGUGCACCGCCAUCCUACAAGGACACACUUCGUUAGUCGGCCAAUUGCAGAUGCGAGGCGACACCCUUGUCACCGGCGGGUCUGAUGGAUCUGUCCGUGUGUGGUCAUUGCAAACCAACACUCCUAUCCAUCGUCUGGCUGCGCAUGAUAAUAGUGUUACAAGUUUGCAGUUUGAUGACAACAGAAUCGUCAGCGGCGGCAGUGAUGGACGAGUUAAGAUUUGGAGCCUGGAGACUGGUCAACUAGUUCGAGAGCUCAGUCAACCUGCCGAGGCUGUUUGGAGGGUGGCAUUUGAAGAGGAGAAGGCCGUCAUCAUGGCAAGCCGGUCAAAUCGGACGGUCAUGGAGGUCUGGUCCUUCUCACCUCCGGAAGAGCAGUGGGAUCGAAGGUCGGAGAGUCCUUUGUCCUUACCCGAACAAAUCCAAACUUCAGAACAUGAAGAACCAACCCAGUUUCAACAAGAUGAGGUUGAUGCUGAUACGACCAUGAGCGACAUAUAG